UCGCGCUUCUCUGAAGCCGGCAAUGCUGAUGGCACCGACACCGGUAAUAAAGUCGACGUGGCGAAUAGUUAUAAUUGUGCCGUGACGACGCGGCACCAGCAACGCCCUACCGGCCUCCUCAAAAUCGGCCGCUGAUCAAAAUCAUACCAUCUGCGGGAAUGGCUGCGUAUCCGUUUUUUUUUGGUAAGAUGUGGCACACAGGCCUGUGGACUUACAUGUGCUGUUACACUGACACAUUAGUUAAUUUCCCAGGAAUAUUUCACAAGCUUAUGCGAAGCGGAAAAGAAGAUUUGGGUUGUUCCACAAAGUUGCGUGAAAAGCUGUCUCGCUCGGGUCUCAUUAAUCUGGUACAGUGCUGCCGUGAGAAGCCAGUAUGCUGUCAGAAAGAACUCUCAUCCACGAAUGUUCAUGUAGCUAUUUUGCAUUGAACACACGAAUUAUAUGCGCGCUCAAAAGUGUAAAGAACGAGAGACAACUGUCGAAACUAGCAGUAAUAACCCUAAAAGUCAACGUUGUCUAUUUCUGAAUUUCUUAUUUAAUAAGGAUAUCGUACAUCAAAAUCGAUGUUCUAGCACUGCAAGAUGUACCUGUAGAUGGUACGAACAUUCUUGCUCAUCUAGAGAUGCGGCACUUGACGCGGUGGAGUGAUAGCGGAUCUUGGCUCUCAAAAUGCAAAUGUAGAACAUCAGCGCAUCGGCACGUCGUACUGUUCACAUGGCCAAAAUGUACCCUCGAAAAGCAUGUCAUGGGUGGUGCAGUGGUCAUUCUGCUUCCGGCCACGGUCGUGAAAGGACGCAGGAUGGCUGGCUCUUCGCGAGCUGUGAUAACGGCCGAUUCUGGCCGCGGAACAUCGUUUUUGGACGGCCUGAAAGAUUACAGGAUUGUACUGCCGCCGCUGCCAACCGGAGAAGGACUGAAAACAAUGGUUGUUCUUCACUGCGACACCGCUGGAAGGCCUUACAGGAUAGAAGAUUUCCGCCAGCCGAUGACAGAAGCCGGCGUCAUUGAACAGGUGGGCGGUACCGGAGCGUACCAGAUGUCGCACGUCUGGUUAGUCAACUUCCGUAGUGAAGAAGCCAAGAAAAAGUUGCUCGACAUAGGGCAUAUUGUUGUUAAAGGGAAGACUUGCGUUGUCUUUGACCCUGAAAGGCAGGAAGUGCGGCUGAAGGUGCAUUGGUGUGCCUUCAACGUCAGCAACGAAACUCUGAGGCGGGCGUUCGCCGAGUACGGCGAAGUGAAAGAAGUUUCGAGCGAUAGAUGGAAGACCGGCGGGUUUGUAAACGCCGACUCGACUACUCGUGUUGUGCGGCUGGUUCUUCGAGAAGGUGCAAGCCUCGAGCGCAUACCCCAUCAGCUGCGUAUCGGGAACGGGACAGUAUUAGUCGUCGUGCCCGGGCGUGCGCCGAUAUGUCUCCGCUGCCGCAACACAGGCCACAUUAGGCGGGACUGCAAGGUGCCCAAGUGCAGCGAGUGCCACGCCUUCGGGCAUGAAGAGGCUGAAUGCACGAAGUCAUACGCCCGCGCCGCGACUCGAGGAACAUUCGGCGAUAAUAGUGAGCUGCACAUGGACGAGGAUGAAGCUGAGCAAGCUGCCUCCAACCCAGUGGUCGAGAGCCAAUCGGCCGCAGCGCUGAGCGAUGAAAAGGAAGGCGCCAUGCCAGGGACUCGUGAGUCAGCGCCCAGCACCCCCAAGUCGGCAACCACGAGCAUGGAUACCAAUUCAUCGCAAGAUAUACCACGCCCUUCUGAAAAAAGCAACGAGGAACCCAUGGAGUCUGACCCUGCGGCUGCGAAACGACGCCACGACGAUGUCAGUGCAAUGAGCCAGGAGCAACGACUGCGUCUCCUAGACCGCCGGUGGGGCGUAGGUGAAGGGAAAAAGCAGCGUGUCACCAGCGGGCAACGAUCGUCGUCGCUUCCUCGCGACGACAACCCGAAGACCUAAUAAUGGAGGGACGGCACUGCACGGCGCGGCGUUGUGCGCAUGAAGGUAAGCGCCGUACUGGCGGCCUGGUCUUGCUUAACGAUGGCGGCAUUUGAAAGACACCUCGUAGUAGCCACGCUUAAUGUCAGGGGUCUUUCAUCCAGGAGAAGGCAAAAUCAGCUGCUGAGACUCGUGACUGAGCAGGAAUUGGAUAUCGUAGCGAUACAAGAAACCAAAAUCGAGAGUCAAGACCAGACCGACAGAAUGACGCUCUCGUUCAGUAGUCGGUAUGAUGUUUGCGUGUCUCAUGCCGUGGGUGCCUCGGCAGGUUGCAUGCUGUUGAUUCGCCAGUCUCUGGGAGCGAUUGUGGAAAGAGUCGAGACUUGCGUUUUCGGUCGAUGGAUUGUCUGUGACAUCACACUUGCUGGUGUGGAAUUGCGUAUUAUCUGUAUUUACGCACACACUAACAUGGCAGAGAGGCGAAACCUUUUUGAGACAGUCGGCAACCAUUGUGACACAGACCGUCUGCUCGUCUUAAUUGGCGAUUUCAACUGCGUAAGCAUGGCACGCGACAAAACCAGUGCGACGCCCUAUCGAGAUGCGAGUACAGCCUGUUUGGGUGACAUAAUUGACCGCUGUCAUCUAGAGGAUGUUGGCGAUUGUCUCGGAUGUGGUUCUGGCGUUCGGUUUACCCAUUACCAAGGAACGAGUCACGCGCGUCUGGAUCGGGCGUACGUAUCUGUUGAACUGAUACCGUACUGCAGCGAAUACAGCGUACAACCAGUGCCGUUCAGUGACCAUUGUCUUGUUGUAUUCCAUGUAGGUAAAAGACAAGGAACGAAAAGCAAAUUUGUGUGGGAAAACUGGAAACUUAAUGAGAAGCUUCUAAACGACGAUAUCUUCGUGGAUCGCGUUACGUCGGCGAUACAUGAACUGCCAAUGGAGGACAACGAACUUCUGGGAGCGAAAUGGGAAAGAUUUAAGCAGGCAAUGAAAAUGAUGGCAAUUGAACGAUCGUGCGCUAUAAAGCAAAAGCAAAGGCUGCAGGAAAACACGCUGAGAGAUGACCUAAAGUUUUUGAUAAUGCAAGAAGGAAAGCAGCCAGGCACUUGCACCGAAGAAAUGCGCACCGUCAAGCAGAAACUAGAGGCAAUAGAUACGGAGCGAUAUCGAGGAGCGAUCGUGAGGGCGAGGGCACAGCGGCUGAUAGCGGGCGAAAUGCCCACAAAACGUGCUCUCGGCUUGGAAAAAAGGCACGCCCGCAAGAAUGACAUACCAAAAAUAGAGUGGAACGGUGUAAUCUACGUAGACAAAAGAAAUAUAGAAAGGGCCUUUUAUGAAUACUACAGCGGGCUCUUUGGUUACACCAAAGUAAGAACCGAAGACUUCAAGACCCGUUUCCUCUCUUUAAUGCCGCGGCUUAGUGAUGAUACGAAAGAGCGGCUAGAACUGCCCAUUUCAACAGAAGAAGUGCGGAAAGCCAUAGAAGACCUCAACCCGGGAAAGUCUCCAGGACCAGACGGGCUAGUAGCACCGCUUUAUAAGGCAUUCAAAGAUGAUUUAGCACCGGUUUUGGCUACACUGUUUAAUGAGGCUUAUGACAAGGACAUGCUUCCCCCUUCAUUUUUAACAUCCCAUACAAUUUUAAUACCAAAAAGCGAAGAUGAAGCUAAACUGCGACAGGUUACCGCUUACCGACCCAUAUCCCUGACUAAUGUAGACUACAAGAUCUUCAUGAAAAUUCUGGCUAAAAGACUCCAAGCCGUGAUGCAAGAAUUAGUGGGACCACAUCAGACCUGUGGUAUCAAAGGUCGCACCAUAUAUACCAACAUACACACAGCCCGGUCCGUGCUCGAGUGUUGCGAUGCUUUGCAUCAAAGCAUCGCAAUGCUCCAGCUCGAUUUAGAGAAAGCCUUCGACAGGGUGCCGCAUGACCUCUUGUUCUCUGUUUUAGAGCACGUUAAUGUUGGAUCAGUCAUCCGCCAAGGCGUAGCCAUGGCGUACAGAGGAUGCACAACGCGGUUGUUAGUAAAUAAGGGGGUGGGAGCGCGCAUCCAAGUGCAACGCUCUGUGCGUCAGGGUUGCCCCCUGUCACCACUGCUUUUUUGUUUGUAUAUUGAACCUUUUUGUUUGAGUGUUAUUGAAAGCAACAGCGUUCAUGGUUUUCGUUUGCAUGCGGCGGAGGUCCGCAUUCUCGCGUAUGCUGAUGACAUUGCCGUAUUCUGUGCUGACUAC